GACCCGGGUUCCCAGGGUCAGCAUCGCCAGGCCAGGGUUAAACGGCGCUGUUUGUUCACAAUGCCCAACUGUGAAACGUAAUAGUUAUGCACUGCACUGUCUUGCCGCCUUUUGAUUUCCCCAUCCCGCCGCCCUUUGAUAAAUAGGAAACCGCUUCCCCCUUGCCGUUUCAGCUGACAAGCUUCCAGAGUGUCUUUUCCUUCUCGAACCACCUCUGAGAGCCCGAUGCCCCUCCUUACAAACACUACCCUCUCCGUGUUCUCCAGCACGAAGUGGUUGCAAAGCCGGGGCGAAUACACGGGUGGGCGGGACGGAGUCAGUAAAUUUAAAAUAUGUAGGGGCGAAGUAUUGUCUGCUACAGAUCUUCAAGUUCCAAUGCGACCUACCCGAGCUGGAACUGGUGACGGUAUGGGAUCAAGGAAUAUUAUCAUUCCAAAAACGCCUGCUCGGGAAAAGCAAAAUCCUUCGAAUGAAAUUGAAAGUUUGCAGGGUACUAUUAAUCAGCUCCAGAAUCAAAUGAAAUAUCUGCAACCUGGGGAUGGCAGCUUCAAUUCUACAGAUUUCAGGUGGAGGCUGAAUAAAAUAGAAAAAGAAAAAUUGGAAUUAACCAGCAAAUUUAAUGAAGAGCGUUCAGCAUUUGAAAGUCAUGUUGCUAGGUUGCGAGCACAACUGGAGAAAGGAGAAGCAAUGCGACAGACCCUGGAGUAUGACUUGGCUGUGGCUAAGAAGGAAGCCAGUGUCGUGCGAACUACUUCAGAAGACAGAAUAGAGUCUAUACACAAAAUACACGCACAAUUGAAAGUACAAAAUUCAGAACUUCAGCAGAAAGUAGAGAAUUUGGAAAGGACUUCACAAAUUCUGCAACAAGCAAGGGAAGAUGAUCAGCAGAGGUUUCAAAGUGAACAGGAGGAUCAUGAGAAGAUCAUUCAGAACUCUAAUACAGAAAAUGAAUACCUGAUAGCUGAAAGGAAUCGAAUUAAUACUAUCUUGCAGGACCAGGAGCAAACGUUUGUUGAGCUGCAAAAACGAUUAAAAGAGCUAGAAGUUGAGCGCAAUAGUCUCACCGAAGCAUUGCGAAGGCAGGCAAAAGAACUUGAGUACAGUAUUGAUCGAGAGGAGCGUCUGAAAAAAGAGCUGGAGAUGGGAAAACAAAGAGUGAAACUAUUGGAAGAAAAUAUUGAGGCAGAAAGGGCUGCCCAUCUGGAGUCAAAGUUCAACUCUGAAAUUAUUCAGUUACGGAUUCGUGACCUUGAGAAUGCAUUGGAAGUGGAAAAAUCAAGCCAUGCAAACGCAGUGUCAACUUUGGAAAUGAUCAAGCAACAACUCAGGGAUGUUGAAUUCUCGUAUGAACGGGAGAGAACAAAAGUUGUAGAAUCGACAGAUCAAUUACAGAAAUCACAAAAGGAAUAUACUGCUACAAAAACUCAAUUGACAAUUGAAUUGGAAGAGAAGAAUGAUGCGAUUGCCGAUCUUUCAAAACGACUUCAAAGGCAUGAAGAAAGUUUUGAAAAUCUUUGUGAUGAAGUAACAAAAGCAAAGAAGCGUCAUGCUUUCCUGGAAGAGACAUAUGGGGGCAGCAUGAGAGAGCUGGAACUCCUUUUGGCUAAUUUUGCUGUGUCAGGCUCACGGUCAUCAGUCAAUCUAAGGGACAAAGAUAAGUUGUUAAACCCCUCUGUCGUCCUUGAGAAUUUGAGGCAAACCAUGACAGAUUACCAGAGCAGGCUAGAAGACACGUCUAAUGAGCUAAACAGAGUGAAGGAUUUGUACGACAAGAUAAAUGAGCAGUGUGAGGCAUAUAAAGAACUGAUUUGGUCAAGGAAUGAAAAUCGUGAGAAAAUUCAGGAAGAAUUGGCUGUUACAAAUAAAAAGUUAAACCACUGGCGAAGCGAAUGUGCUGAAAAGGAUGCUCUUAUUGAUGCUAUGAGCAUGGACCUACAAAAUGUGAAACAUUGCUUUGAGAGGGAGAAAAAUUCCAUUGUUGAAGCUAAAAAUGAAAUUCAAAAGCUCACACGAGCUCAUCAAGUGGAUGUAGAGGAAAAGCUGACCUUUCUUCACGGCUUGUACCAGCGUCUGACAGCAGGCUGUGUAGUCAUGAAACAACCAGAUAGCAUGAUGUCAAAAUUCUCCUGGCCAGAACUGUGCUCUAUUCUGCAAGAAAAUGUUGAUGCCUUCAUUUCAGAUCUUAACAAGGCCAAUGAAAAGGAGUCCUACUUGGAGCACAUUUGUCGAAAUAAGGAAGAAACUAUACAGCAGCUACAGCAAAGUCAAGAAACUACCUUCAAUAAACUAACUGAACAGAUGAAAGAGCGAGAGGCUACUUGGCAAAAACAGAAAAAUGAAAUGGAGCAGCAUUAUUCUGAACUCCUUGGGGAGGUUCAUUCAAGGGCACAGUCAUGUCAUCUUGGAGCAGAAGAAGCCAAAGAAAAAGUUUCCAGUCUGGGGAAAGUCAAUGACCAGUUGACACUUGAACUAUCGUUCACAAAGAAAUUAUUGUCUCAGAAACAAAAGGAACAUGUCGCUUUGCUGGCAGCUUGUGCUCUGAUGGCAGGUGCUAUAUACCCAUUAUACAAUAGAUCCUGUGAAUUGUCUGUGCAGAAAGACUUCCUUAAAGAACAAAUUAAUGCGUGUGAAUAUUUCAAAAAUGAAAUCAGGACUGUUGUCCAGGUUCUUUCUCUGGAAGGAAAUCCGAGCAAAUCCAAGAAAAGGAAGAAGCCUCCAAGAGGACUGAUUCAGAUUUUCCGAAAAAGUGUUAUUGCGAUCAUAGCAGCCAACAGACUUCGAGCCUUUGGUCUGGGAUGUAGGCCGCUGUUUACUUGGAGUGAGGGAAUAAAGAACAAACCAAGACUUGCAGUUUGCUCAGGCAACACAAAGUCCUCUUUCACUGGUUCAAACCCAAAUCACCUUCUUUCAAACUGGUCAAUGGAAAAUGCAGCCAAGAGUUCUUUUUCAAAAUUCAUGGACAGAUUAAGUGUGGAAAUGGAAAAUGUCUCGGUCUGGUGUGACAAACUCACAGGAUGUGGACGUAAAAAAUCAUUAGUACAAAUACUGGGCUGUGGACUAUACAAAGUCAAUGCAAGAGCAGGAAAAGAAGGAUGCCAAGUCACCAUGCCUAUAAAGCAAUGCGUGGAAGUAUUGAAGAAGCAGAUCCUUGAGUUUACCCAGAGGUUGCAUGCAGCAGAAAUAGAACGGCGUUCAUUGCGUUUGGAACUCACACAACUCAAAAAUUACGUGAGUGACUUGAAAAGAGAAACGGGCAAAGCUCAGAUCCUUCAACAACAGCUGACUGACCUCAAACAGUCUCUCAAGACACAGAAGAUGGUUCCAUUUGAGAGAUUUGGCAGUAUUUGCGAAGAGCUUAAUAAUGCCUUGCAAAGGGAACAGCAAGCCCAGCUUCUAUUAAAUGAACAAGCCCAUCAGAUGCAGGAGUUAAAUCUACGACUGGAGCAACAUUCAAACAAAGAAGCUGAGAAGAAUCAAACACUCUCUGACGCUGUAAUGAGUCUCUCCGAAGCGAAAAUGGAACUGAGGAGAAAAGAUCAAUCUUUGCGUCAGCUAAACAAAAACCAAGCACAGCUGGAGCAAGACAAACGGCAACUUGAGGAGAGCAUUCAAGAUGCAGAAAACGCCUUGUGCAAAGCAGCAAAAGACAGAGAACACUUGAUUAGUUACCUGAGAGGUUUGGACGUCGGCUUUCAACAGGUCAGAGAUCAGAUCUCACUGUCAUGGUCUGUGACAGCAAGGAAUGACUUUACCCUGCAGCUCCCUAAGCUGCAGCUGGAGACCUUGGUAGCGAAAGGGCCAAAGGAUGGCCUGGAGGUUACAUCAUUGCAGAACUUAACCCAGACUUUUACGGACAUUUACCAGCUGGCUAGCUCCAGGGUUACCGCUCUGGAAGCAGAAAUUGCUUCACAUCAAAAACACAUUGGGGCUCUUAAAUCAGAACUUCAGACGGCAUGCCUGCGUGAAAAUAAUGCCUUAGUUCCACUAACCAGGACUCAGAUGAAUCAACCAUUUGCCUCCCAUUCUGACAUGCUGUUGCCACAGGAGAAGAAUAUCAGUCAGGACUUCGCACCCUUACAGGCUGAAAUGGACACUUCCUACAGCAUUCUGAGAGAGAGGUCAGGGAACCGCAGACCACAAUCACAUUCCUCAACCUACUCUCUUCAUGUUAGUUCAACCACUGGAUCCACAAGACCAGUACAGAAUGGCUUUUACAGCACACUUAGAUAACAAUUCUAAAGUCUAUUUGAAUGCAUGCAUGAACUAAGUAAACAACUCUGAAUGGCAAUCGGAAGCAAUCCUGCAUUUAUGUGUUAAAAUAAGCCUGUGUUAUUAUUCAUUUUAAUUUUUAAUUGAAUAGCUGUAUUUUUAAAUCCAAAAAAACAUGAAGUAAUUUUGCAUAGGUUUAAAAUCAAUAAGCCAUUUUAGUCUCUAUCUAUCAAAGUUUUUAUACAUGUCUGUUUUAAAGUGGGAUACAGCACUUUAAUAGGAUCGCUAAAGCUAUUUGAAGUGUAUACCAAUGAUUCCUGUCAUUUCAUGGCAGCGCUGCCAUGGUUCACUGAGCCCCCUCUUUGCUCUUGUCAACCAAACUGAAGACAAGCAUUUAGUUGCUAACUUUAAGCAGGUUGUGCAGACCAAGAGGAUGUGACUGGUUCUUCUCGACACAGUAAUGUCAUUCCUGGUCAGUGUGAGAAGGUCAGAUUGCCUCGCUCCUGAGCUACAUGAUGAUAGCAUUGCUCAGCUGAAUGUACUGAGUGAACAGUUGGAUCUGGUCCCUGCAGGCCCCCAACCUCAACCUUUUACAGGUCUGACGAGGAAAGGUGAAACAAAUGUGCCUGGAGAACUGGAGGUGACGUGUGUAUAUGGUACACAAAGUCAGUGUCUGAAUCAGUAUCAUUAUUGCCACUUAUCCACGCUUUCAAAGACUUCCUGAAGUAAUUCCUUUAGCCUUAAUGGAAAAAGUGAAACAGGCUUAUUAUUAAGCUGGACUGCUGCAGCUAAGAAAUCAGACUGUCCACAAGACCUGCUGCAGAUGCUGUGCAGCACACCCAGACCACUGACAUUCUGUUACCAAAUGUGAGGUUUCACAGCAGAGCACAACCUGGUUUUGUUACAGCGUGCGCAUAUAGAUUACUGUUCCUUUUUACUCACGCAAUGGAGGAUUCCUCCUAUUCCCUCUCGCCUGAAGGUAAUGUACUGGAACACCAAAGUUAUACAUGGGAGCAAACAAAAAGGUGCAUGGGUAGAUCAAGUAAGGAGAAUGUAAUAUUUUUGCAAUCUCUAGGUUGAUUAACCUUCUUUCCAUCAAACUGUACCACAUGUAACAAAAGGUCCGGUGUUAGAAUAGGAGCACUUGCCCUGCAUUUUCUGCUUUGUAGCACACAGAAGAAAAAAGCACACAUCAGGCCAAGAUGUCAGUGUGUUGACAGCAAGCCCCUGUGACAUUUCAGCUCGAAAGAGCAAAUGUCUUGCAACCAACUGGUCAAAUAUCAAAUAAUAGGUCAGGCAGGAAAAAACUGAGUGGUAACCACGAGGUGAUUUCUGGUAACAUCUUUGACAAGCUUCUGGGUGCAGAGUAAGUAGAUGUAGAUGUGGAGUAAGAUAAUGUUUUUUGCACAAACAGUACAGUGAUUGAUAACAAAAAAAUUAAUUAGUUUUGCAUUCAGAAAGACUAAUUCUGUUUUAGUCUCCUUAAUACCUAGUAUGUUACAAUAUUCAAUAAAUUCAUUAAACUUAUUAAAAUAAUGUGGAACAUGCAAAUUACUUAUGCCUGCAAACAAAUAUCAUUUAACUAUCAAAGCAGCAACAACUGUACAGUAACAUUGAUAAAUUAAUAAUUAUCAUUUUAAAUGCAAGAUAAAUUUAUAUUCUUCCUUUAUACUUCAUUGUACAUAUGGUGGCAACAGGUAUAAAUAACAACAACAAGGUCUGAAUAUAGUUUAAUUCACGGACAUAUUCAAAAUCAACUAUUUUUCAAUGAGAUCGCAGUAAAUAUAAACUACAUUUGUGCAAGCAUCUACAGUCAUUUAAGAUAUUUUGAUGACAGUCUAUUCAGCUCAAGCUAAGGAAACAUUUUCUGUACAAACAAAGAGAGUAAAUUUGAAUCAAAAUCUGGCCAUCUGAGAUACUACAUAUCUGUGGUGAGUAGCAAUUUGUGAGAACGAAUUGUAGGAUUCCAAGAAUCAUGAAGUGGGAGAAAUUAGUGUUUCCAGUACCAUCUCUGGCACCCCAUGAUUUGCUGGAGAUAAUAUUUUCCUUGUUGAAUGGUCUUAUCCAAAUUCCCUGGACUGAUUAAGGUGCCAGACAGUAGUGCAACCAAUAUAUUACCUACAGUUCAGAAAAUGCCUUCCUUAUGUUGUUGGAGCUCCAGAAUAAAUUGCAGCUAUCCUCUGGGAAGUGCUGUGACACCCAGAAGAUUUGGGGUUGGGAGUUCAUUUUUAAAUGACCGUUUUGAAAGCGUAUAUUUUAAACUUGAAAUUCAUCUUUUCAUUCUCUUAUGAUCAGGCAAGUUUUAGGCCAUGUGCACUAGAGGUUUUAUUAUGAGCUUUACAAUUGUGGUACCCCAUCAGGUGUAUGACACUUUUCCCAAAUAAACAUCUACUUAAGGAUGAUUCAGGCACACAAACUGAUGCACAGGUUUAGUACAAUUCAUUAGUCCAAUAGCCAACAGUUAUAAGUCUUCUUAUAUCAUUCUAAUGGAGCGUUAAAGGAAAAGCAAAAUUCUUACAGAAAUCUCAGGAUAUGUGUGUAUAUCCAGAUUCAAAGCUUAAGUGACUAGCGAAAGCAAGGUUGAAAUGUUAUCUUAUCUAGCGAAUUAACAAACAUUGUACAAUUUCAGAAUUUCUUUAAAACUGCUUCGAUGCAAUAUCAAUUUUGGAAGGGUUGCAAUGAAAUGUCGUACACAGAAUUUCCCCAGCUCUAAUCUAAAUCAGUGAUUAUAAAUAGAUUAUUAAAUAAUUUUGGAAGUGAAAUUUUACUAGAUUUAUAAUUAUUGCAUUACAAAAUCAAAAAUAAUGACAUUUUUAUGUAUUGUUAAUGUUUGGGACUUGAAUAAAGAGUUACUGUUCAUGCCUCAUUUGUUUUUUUUUAUCUGUGUAUUCUUUGUCAUUAUGUUUGAAUAUGUGUUUGUAUAUAUUUUAUGGUUGUGCAUUUCUUGUAAUUUUGAUUCAUUGAUUUUAAACUAUGAUGUAUUUUACUAUGUUUGUAGACAUUUUAUUAAACGUCACGCUGGCAUUUUAAA